GUAUAUUAACAUAAGUAAUUUUGAUACACAAUAUACAACUGUAAACUGUUUGUUGUAUAUAGUAAUCAAAAUUAUUCAAAAAAUUCAUAUUUUAAUUUAAAACGUUUUUUUUAAACUUUGCUUGAAGAUAGGCAACAUACAUUACACUUCUGCUAAACAUUAAGCACACCGUUGAGAACUAUGUAAACGUUGGAAAGAUGUGUUGCAUAUCUUUACUAAAGAUUUUAUAGAUAAUUUUGUCCCCGUUUUUGUACUUGAUGUUUUCAGAAAGUUAAAUGAAAAUAAUUUGCUUAAACUUUUGUCAUAAAAAUGUCAUUAAAACUGAAAUUUAGUAACACCAAGUUUAGAAAGAUAUAAAAACAGGAAACUUAAAACUAGAGUGUCAUUUUGCACCUGUCUCAUUACGUCCUCGUUAGAUUACUUGACAAGAACUCUGUUACAAACAUUUAUGUGUUUACAUCUUAUAUUUACUUAGCACAAAUGUAAAGUUCAUUACUUUAUGCUAUUCUCGUAAAUAUGCGUAUGUAUUACUCGAUGUACAUUAUAACGGUACUUCAAGAGGAAACAAAUGACGCAUGAAAAAUAUUCCUUUUUUCAAAUCAAAUGGUCAUUUCUUAAGCCAUUGAUCGUAUUUCUAAAGAUAUGUUAAAUUUAUAAAGUUGUUACCUCAUUUUUAAUUAACAAAAAUACAAAUCAAAAAACAUCUCUGCAUUUUAUAAAUUAGAACUUCUGAUGUUUGAUUAGCUGUUGCUACCUUAUCGUUAAUAAAUCAAGCAAGUUAAAAACAACAAGGUAUUGGCAUUAUGCAAAUACCUACUAAAUUCUUAUUUCUUCUCCUCUGUACGUAAACCAAAGAUGAUGUAAUAGAUCAAACUACUACGAUUGUAAAUUAUGAUUUGUGCUAAAUUUAUUUACCAGAAAGGUAACAAAACAGGUCGAUAAAAAAGGUGCAUUUACUUAAAAUAAACAAUAAGUAUUGUUUUCAAGAUAUAACUUGAUUCCGUACGUAACCGCUUAAAUUACAUAAUUUUAAUUUCAUCAUAAAUAAUAGAUGAAAGGUCGAAAUGUUAAUGUGGCAUAUCUUUUGUAAUGAUACAGGGGGUCUUAAAAAAGGUUGUCCACAUAUAAUAAGUUAAAGUUAUUUUUGUUGUUUUGAAAAUUAACAACAAAAAUCGAAAUUAAGAUUAAAUACGGGAAUCAUAGAAUUCUUAUUUUAGAAGAUUGGAUAUUACUCACUCUAAUAAAAAGUUGAAAACAAAUAUAACCACUGGCCUUCCGUUGAUUUGUUAUUUAUUUUAAUGAAAAACAUAGUAAUCUUUGUACCUUGCACACUUAAUAUAAGUUUACCUCAACUUAGUUACGAUUUACAACUACAAUUUUCCCCAAUGAUAUAUAAAGAUAUUUUCAAUUAAAAGCAAAUAUAUUUACGUAUAAUAUUUAGCUAAAAACGAUAAAUCCAAAGGAAGUAUUAGAAACCUUACAGUCGAAUUUAAUAUGAUAAUCCUUUUUCCUGUUUUUAUUCGUGAAUAUGUUUUGAAUAAGAAUAAUGUAGUAAAUAAUUUCAAACAUGCUUCGAAAUGUUAAAAUGUAAAACGUGCGCCCUCGGCGAGGCCCAAUCCUUGACUUUAAUUUAGUUAGGCACUCUACAUGUGCACGAAGGAAAGGACUAAAUGUCAAUAUGUAUAGCGACAGCGACUGUUCUUGAAACUACAAAAAAGUAACAAUCAAUUUGCACCUUUUAAAUAUACACAAUGUGCAUGCAUGCAACUGGUAAACAACGGGAUUGUUGCAUGACGGUUGUAUCAAUACGCAAAGGUGAAUUGCAACAAUUAAUAGGGAGAUAAAUAAACGUUUUGCAAUCGUAUCUAACGAACUUAAUAAGUUUUAUAAAGUAAUAUUUUUUAUUAAUCUUUUUUUUGUUCCUUACACUUAUCUUAAAACCCAAAACAUUUAGGAUCGGUCUAGUUAAACGGAAUUAUUUUGGUGAAUGGCAUUUUUGCCAUUUUUUUACAUUAUAGAAAUACUAUAUCGAUAAUAAUAUACAAACACAUGCUAGUAGUUUCUGUAAAACCUUGUAUGUAGUUCAUCCGUUAUGGGAGUCAAAUCGCAAAGAUUUUCCCCUAUUUUUCUGAGUAUGUUGUAAGUUUUUCCCCAAAAAUCAGUCCCCAAAACGUACAAUUACAAUAUUACAAUAAAAAAAAUAUAUUUGAGAUCUAACUACAAAUUAACGGUUUUCGGAUUUCUCCCUUUACUUGCUAUAAGACUUUCUGUUUCGUUUUCUUUCCCUUAUCUUGCAAUUUUAUCUUUUUAACGGAAAAUAGAACUAAAAUAGGAAACAACUUAUAAUGUAAAACAGUGAACAUUACAAAUAAAAUAAAAAUUAGUGUAUAUAUAUACGAAAAAAAAUAGGAAUAGAGAAGCUUGUGUCGCGAGUUUAAUAAUAAUUGCGUUUUCAGUGUCAGGCAUCAAAAAUUUCCUCUAAAAUGUCAAAUUUUGUUUUUCUAUGCGUUGCUUAACCAUUUAAUUAAUAAAAUUAUUCCGAAUUCCUCAAAAUAAUGGACAGAUUACCAAAAAGUUAAAUAUUGCAUUUUUUUUUAAAUUAAUAGAAGGCUGUGGAAAGUUUGUACUGGAAAGAAAAACAAAAACAUGCUACUAAGUUUGUCGAAUAUUAGUUGACAUAAUGUAUGGGUCAAUUUACGUUUUCAUUUCUGUUUUUCCAUUUUCCUUUCAUUCCUUUGUUUCUAUAUUAUAUUAGAUUAUGACGCUAUUAUUACUUAUCAUCCUGCUUGUAAACAGUUGUGAACUAUUUCCUUGUGGAAAUAACAGCAAUAUUGCCAAAAUGUUGUCUAUAAAUACAAGCUUCAGUUGCAUCGCAUAUUCAGUUUGUUAUCACUAUCGAAGACGAAGUAAAGAUCAUAAAAAGUUUCGUCAGUGGAACGAAAUAGGGCACCCAUAUGAUGGACUUUAUGUCGAAAGUUGUUUUCAGUGAUGAGCCUCAUAAAGAGGAAAAAAAGGGGUGGACAAAAUUAUUAAUAUUAGCGGGAAUAACCACCACUUUUGGUUCAUCCCUACCUGUGGGAUAUAAUAUUGGCGUAGUUAAUGCUCCCGCUGAUAUAAUAAAAAAUUUCUGCAAUGAAAGCAUGUAUACGAGGUAUGGCGCCGUUUUAUCGGACGCCCAAAUGGAAUUCUUGUGGUCAGCGAUUGUGUCCAUCUUUCUAGUUGGUGGAUCAAUUGGAUCAUUAACCGGUUCUUGGUUAGCGGACAAUGUUGGACGAAAGGGUGCGAUUGUCGCAAGUACUGUCUUGUUAAUGGUCGCUGGAGUACUUUUUAUGAUCACUCAAGUAUCUAAUUCCGUCGAGACUCUUAUUGCUGGAAGGCUUCUUGCUGGUCUUGCAGCUGGACUGGUAACAUGUACAAUUCCCAUGUACUUGACUGAAUUAGCCCCAUUAGAAUUACGAGGAUCCAUGGGAGUCUUGUGCCCUCUUGGUAUAAACUGCGGGAUAUUCUUGGGACAAAUAAUAUCUCUAAGACAAAUACUAGGAACUGAAGAAUUCUGGCCUUAUCUAUUAGGAUUUUAUACAAUUUCAGUAGUUUUAUCAGCAGUGGCGAUACCGUUUUUGCCUGAGAGUCCGAAAUAUUUGCUAUUUGUGAAAAAGCAGCCAGAGCAAGCUUUCCGACAGCUCGUUAAAAUUAGGGGUGUUCCCGAAAAGUUAUUGACUGACGAAAUUCAAGAGAUGCAACUCGCUUCUCAACAAACUGACGAUGAAGAUGAUGUCUGGAACAUCCUUAGGGUUCUUACUGAUUCCAGCCUCUUGUUACCUUUACUAUUAGUGAUGUUUUUGCAAGCUGGUCAACAGUUUAGUGGUAUAAAUGCGGUAUUUUACUACUCUGUGUCAAUUUUCAAGACUGCAGGAUUAGACGAAUUAAAUAGUCAAUUAGCAUCGAUUGGAGCUGGUUCUAUCAAUCUGCUUAUGGCUAUCAUAUCUAUUCCUUUAAUGGCCAAAUGCAACAGGCGUUCUGUUCUUCAGCUGAGCUGCUUUACUGCCUCCUUUUGCCUUUUAAUCUUAGGACUAACAAUAACGUACAUCGACUUAUUCUCUUGGAUGCCAUAUUUAUGUAUACUAGCAGUUCUUAGUUUUGUACUGUUUUACGGUGUUGGAUUGGGUCCCAUCCCGUAUUUUAUUGGAUCCGAACUUUUCGAAGUUGGACCCCGACCAAGUGCUAUGGCGUUAGGGAGCAUGGCAAAUUGGGGAGGCAACUUUAUCGUCGGCAUGUCUUUCCCCAGUCUUCAAACUGCUAUAGGACCAGGAUCCUUUUUGAUCUUUGCCCUUAUUACAUUAGCUCUGUUUGUGUUUAUAAGAAUCUACUUGCCCGAAACCAAGAACAGAGACCCUGGAGACAUUGCAUUAUUAUGCAAACAUGGUCUUCGUUCUCGUGUCUUGGACACAGCAUCCCAAUCGUCCGAUACCGUCGUCACCGUGCCUACGGACGAUAACUCCGUUUGACCAAUCAUUAAUUCCUGUUGUUGCUCAAUACAGAGAUACCAUGACGUUUUCUUAUAAAGGGAAGACCGGUGUCUCCUCCUUCGUUUUCAUCAUCAUGGCCACAACUCUUUCGUCAUUUCUACACAUUUAACAAUAGACAAUAUAGAUAAUAUUAUUGAUAAUACAAACUUCGCUGCCAUCGUUCGUUCUAGGAGGAAUUUUUAAGCGCGCCUUUGAAACCAUUUUCGAAUCAAAUAGGAGCUCCAUUACCGUUAAAGUAUUACUAAGUAAUUAGUUAUUUAUUUAUUGUUCUUUUUUGUACGUAUUUAUGAAAUUUAGUGAAUUUCGUCGUGGCCACAUUCCUGUAGAAUGUAGAUGUUUAAAUCAUAUAUUUGCCCCUAUUUGCUUCUUCUUCAACUGUGAUCGUGAACAACCUUGCAACAGCGUGUUUCGGAUAAACAUAAACCAAAGUACAAAAAUUUCGUCAUACCAAAGACGUACUUUUAAUCGGGGUUUAAUCAGUAGGGGAAUGUUCAUAAAAUACGUUCUCAAACAAGGGAGAUGGUAAGGUACUGCUUGGAGUGACAAAAUAUGACAGGGGGAGAGGUGAGAUCUAAGGAAAUGUGACGUUCGCAGUUUUAAUCUUUGUCUUAACUCAGCAGUUCUUAAAAUUUUUAUUAGGAUAAAAAGUCAUUCUCAUUACUAUUUUUAAUCAUAAGAAAACGUUUAUAGGGAGGGAGGUUGCACUAGCUUUUAUACCAUAAUAUUUGUUAGGGGGGUAGCUGAACGUGUGGCUUAGCGUGACGAAGGGGAGGGGAGGGACCCAAAUGGACGAUCCCUAAAAGUCCUAUGGGGGUAGUAAGUAAAGAAAUAAUUUAAACAAUGACCCUGAUACAAAAGAUAUUUGUAGUAAGUUUGUACGUAGGUACUUUUCGUAGAAAAUUUCUAUUCUAAAUGCAUCAUUAUGCAAUUUUUAAGAGAAAACUAGCUGAAUUGCAAAAUUGUUCACAUGCAAGUUUCAAAGGUGCCUAAAUACGAGCUUAAUCGCCUAUUUGCAUCUUAUCUAAUUGAUUUUUUAUACAUGUACCUUUCUCUACCCUAUUAUUUAACUUAAUUAGAGCAUCAUCGUAUAUAAAAAUAUAAGCAUAUCUUGAAGGCUUCUUUUAAUUAUGUAUGAGUUAUAAGUUGCAAAAAUCAAUUUUUGCUAGUUGCAUUAUAGUAUUAUGUAGUAAGUUUGAUAUAUUAUGUGUAAAACCCUUGUUAAUAAACAAAUAAUAAUUAUAUUAGACAUUAAAAUUAAAAUCAUGUUAAAGUAGGUAUUUGUAGAAUAAUAAAUUGUAUUUGUAAGCUUUAGAGUCUGUAGUAGUGGUUUGUACUUAUAUAACUUACUGUAUAUACAUAAGAUUUUAUUAUAUACAGGUGUGUUUAGAAAAAUGAAACAAGUACUGGAUUAUUAAUAUCAAUUAUGUGUUUGGUCGUGUUGGAAUAAGAAGUCUUUAAUAUUUUGCACCGAUGCUGUGUUUAAGUUAAUUUAAAAUAAAAUGUAAGUUGUUGACGAUAUUUUAACUCUACCUAAUAUCUGCCUGUCUUUUUGUAGCAUAGGUGCCCAAUUUUCUAUUGAACUAUCUGCUCAAAUAAAUUGUCUUCUCAAAAAAAAGAAACAAAAGACAAACCUGUUCA